CGGGGUGCCUGUGCGACGCGCGCAUGCGCGAUCGGGGCCCCGCCCUCCGGCCCAUCUCUGUCUCCAGGUCUCUCCAUCUCCAUCAUCUCUCCAUCCUCUUCUCUCUGCAUCUGUCUCUCCCCUUCUCUGUCUCUGCACCCGGGCUGUGACCCCAGCCCCUCGUGAGUGCCCCAGGCCCCCUCCCCGAGCGUCCCCCGGGCCAUGACGAAGACGGACGCCGCAGCGCUGCCCCCGGAGGAGGAAGAAGAGGAAGAGGAGGAAGAGGAGGAGCCCCUGCCAGAAGCUCCCAGCCCCAUCCCAGAGCGCAGGCAGAAGCCCGUGGUGCACCCCUCAGCCCCAGCGCCCCUGCCCAAGGACUAUGCCUUCACUUUCUUUGACCCCAAUGACCCAGCCUGUCAGGAGAUUCUGCUGGACCCACGCACGACGAUCCCUGAGCUCUUUGCCAUCAUCCGCCAAUGGGUACCCCAAGUUCAGCACAAGAUUGACGUCAUUGGCAACGAGAUCCUACGCCGUGGAUGUCACGUGAAUGACCGGGAUGGGCUCACAGACAUGACCCUGCUCCACUAUGCCUGCAAAGCUGGGGCUCAUGGUGUUGGGGACCCUGUGGCUGCUGUCCGCCUGUCGCAGCAGCUGCUGGCCUUGGGGGGUGAUGUGACCCUGCGGAGCCGCUGGACAAACAUGAACGCGCUCCAUUAUGCGGCAUAUUUUGACGUCCCAGAUCUCAUCCGAGUGUUGCUGAAGGGGGCCCGACCCCGAGUGGUGAACUCCACGUGCAGCGACUUCAAUCACGGCUCAGCCCUGCACAUCGCAGCCUCCAACCUGUGCCUCGGGGCUGCUCGCUGCCUCUUAGAGCAUGGGGCCAACCCUGCUCUGCGGAACCGCAAGGGCCAAGUCCCGGCCGAGGUUGUCCCCGACCCUAUGGACAUGUCCCUGGACAAGGCUGAGGCCGCCCUUGUGGCUAAGGAACUGAGGACGCUGCUGGAGGAGGCAGUCCCCCUGUCCUGUGCCCUCCCCAAGGUCACGUUACCCAACUACGACAACGUCCCAGGCAACCUCAUGCUCAGCGCCCUCGGCCUGCGGCUCGGAGACCGGGUCCUGCUGGACGGUCAGAAGGCCGGAACGCUGCGUUUCUGCGGGACCACGGAGUUCGCCAGUGGCCAGUGGGUAGGCGUGGAGCUGGACGAGCCGGAGGGCAAGAACGAUGGAAGCGUAGGGGGUGUGCGCUACUUCAUCUGCCCCCCUAAGCAGGGCCUCUUUGCCUCGGUCUCCAAGGUGUCAAAAGCGGCAGACGCCCUUCCUUCUUCAGUUACCUCCACCCCUCGCACCCCUCGGAUGGACUUUUCCCGUGUCACUGGCAAAGGCCGAAAGGAGCGCAAAGCAAAGAAAAAGUCCCCAUCACCCUCCCUGGGCAGCCUCCAGCGUGAGGGUUUAAAGGCUGAGGUAGGAGACCAAGUACUGGUGGCUGGACAGAAGCAGGGUGUGAUUCGCUUCUAUGGGAAGACAGACUUUGCCCCUGGGUAUUGGUUUGGCAUCGAGCUCGACCACCCGACGGGGAAACAUGAUGGCUCCGUCUUUGGUGUCAGAUACUUCACAUGCCCCCCUCGCCAUGGGGUCUUUGCACCUGCAUCCCGCAUACAGAGAAUUGGUGGCUCCACUGACCCCCCCAAGGACAGCAUCACAGCCAAGAAAGUCCAAGUGACCAUGACUCAGCCCAAACGCACAUUCCCAACUGUCCGGACUCCCAAGGACAUCACAUCAGAAAACUCUAUCUCCAGGUUACUCUUCUGUUGCUGGUUUCCCUGGAUGCUUCGGGCAGAGAUGCAGUCGUAGGAACCCGGAGCCGGUGGCGGUCCCUGGACCAGAGGCCCCAACUACCCCCCAAUAUACUGACCCCCCUCAAAUACAAGUCCCAAGUCACCCCAAAUAUACCACCCCCAAAUCCCCCCAGUAUACCAACCCCUCCGGAUCAGACCCCAGUUAACGUGGGUAUCAGUGUCAGACCUGUCCCUUACUCAUCACUGACCAUGCCUUCCGUUAUCCCCUCAGAGACACUGACCCCAGAUCAGCCCCAGACGGCCUGAAAUGAUCCCAAAUUGUCCCCUUCCCAUGACCCUUGGUGACCCCUCCUCAGUGACUCCCUAUAACCCCCAGUGCCUUGAUAUUCACAAUUAGCCCCUCCCCCUUAGAGAAAUCUCUAUUUUUUAAGACACUACAACCCCUGGGCCCAUCCCUGGAUUCCCCCCAGAUCCUGGCCAAGCCCCACACUCACAUUAGGGCCCCCAAAGCCGCCUGGGGUGUCACUCAUUGACCCGCAUGCCUCCUCCCCCCAACUCAGCAUGACAUCUCCCUCACCCUGCCUGGCUUCAAUAAAGACAUUUCUAUA